GGUGAGCAGCGGGCAGUCAGGCCAGCCAUGGAGCUGUACCUCAGCGCCUGCUCCAAGCCUGCCAACACCGCCGCCAAGACGGCCACUAGCAGCCUGACGAUGGACAGCCAACUGUGUGGAGAUGGAGCACAAAAAACCCACUUUCCAACAGUUGGAGCAGCUCAACUCUUGGAUCUACCUCUUGGGGUCAAGCUGCCCGUGAUCCCGGGGAGCAAUACGGUGUUUUAUACAACGAGGUUAAGUGAAAAGCUUUUUCGACCUUCUUAUGAUUUUAACUUGACCGAUCCUUAUUGUCGACUUUUGGAAACCCAGUAUAAAAGUCUCCAUGAUCCACAUUUAAAAGAUUACUAUAAGCGUAAAGAUAUCCUAAGGAAGUUAAAGAAAGGUGGCUACAUCACAAACGAUAAUAAAAUUAUAUGCUCCUUGAGGGAAUGGAAUAAGUACAGACAAUAUCUUACCAGUUUAAAACUAGACUUUGAAAGAAGUUAUUUAAGAGAACAAGAGAUGCUUGCAAAAAGAGUAAAUAAAUUUCAGGAAAGCAACCACUUCCCUGAAGUUUUUGAUAUUUCACAGUUCCGAAAGUGGUUAUUACAGGAAAGUCCUCAAUCUAUUAAGGACCAGGAACUAUUAAGACACAGAUAUAUGGACAUGAUAAGAAGAGAAUUAGACCUGCUGGAGCGCACAGCAGAAGAACAACGUCUAAUCCAGAAAGAUAAAGAAGAAAGACAACAGCGAGAGCAGACGAGAAGAAAACUUAAUCUUCGUAGAAAAAUUGAAGAGGAAUGGAAAGAAAAAGAGAUGUUACUUCUGACAAGGAUUGGAGAAGAUGUUAAAAGAGAAGCUAGAAUUGAGGAACAACGUCGUAAAAACCGAGAAGAGAGUGACAGGAAGAAACAAGCCCUCCUUGAGAAAAAAAUGGCCUAUCACUUACAAAAAAUGCAAGAUAUUGGUAAUAGAAGAGAAGAGAUGAGGAAAAAUAUGUUUGAAGGCAAAGGACAAAAUGCAACAUCUGACAGUAAGAACACUGAAAGACAAUCUUUUACUUCAAAGAAAAAGAGACGUGGUGAUGGAACAACUUAUCCUGCAAAUAAAGGAGCAAAUGGACUUGCAACAAAUAAUGUUCAAAGUAAUUCACUGAACCCUGUCCAAAAAAUGACAACUUCAGGUUUUAAUCAAGUCGAUAUACAGGAUAACAGUAAAGAAAAAAAGAAUGAUGUAGUGAUAACUAGAAAAUCAAGUCAUUGUGAUGAUGAAGGAGUUAUAAACAUUUCAGAUCAAGAUUCACUCACUUCAGAUCAAACUUUACCCACAAAAAAGUUAUCCAGCAUUUCGGAUUCUUAUAUCAAUCUUUUAAAAGAAGAAGCAGCAUGUAACUGUGCUUUUACUUCAAACACGAACAGAAGAAAUGAGGUACAGCAUAUGAUUGGCAUUGGACCUUAUGUUAAUACUACCAAAAAGGAUAUUUCUUCUCCUACUCUCUCAAAUACAAAAGACAACCUCGUACAAAAUUGCUUGUCAAACAAAGUAACAACUGAAGAACUGAACAGUAUAUUUCAUAAUAUAAUGACCUGGGUUGUGGCUACAGUGACUAGUAUUUUAUAUCCGGCCAUCACAAAGUAUGAAGAAAGGUUGCGAAAUAAUAUGUACUCUGUGUCCGAUGAGUCUGUCCUCUCUUCAGAGAGCUCAAGUUUCUGUAGCACUUGCAGUGAUGAGGUUACCUAUGGUAGCUACACUUCUACAAAUAAAACCUUUCAGACGGAGGCCUAUACUUUGGCAAGUGACAUACCAGUAAAGCAACCAGCUAAGCCAUUAAACCUCCCUACUACUCCGAAGGAAAAAAUACUUAUGGAAAAAGUAUCUCACACCAAAAGGCCCUCUAUGUUAUCUGAUCUUAAACAUGAUAAAUCCAGAAGGCUAUACACAUACCCUAAGGUCAGAAGCUGUAAAUCUGAUAGUCAGCUUUUGACAUCUGAAACAAGCACAAAAAUAUCUAAGGAUGCUACCACGGAAACAGAUAGCUUAGGGGUUUCACUGUCUUCUGAUCAAAAUUCAAAAGUCUUAAAUGAGUUAAAGAACUUAAAGAAUGUUUUUGUUAAUUUCAAGUGUCAUUUAAAAGGGGAAACAGAAUUGAUUUUACGAAGCAUUUUUGAAGAAAUUAUGUCUGAUUUAACCCAGGCCAUUCCCUCUCUUUCUUCCGUAACUGCUGAAGUGUUUGUUGACCAAUGUGAAGCUGACAAAAAAAAAUUGGGCCCUUAUGUUGAUAUCAGCUCAGUAGCUACUGAGAUUGUGGAAAAUAUGCUUGAGAAGCUACAGUCUGCGGUUGAGAAAAAAUGCAUGGAGGCCUUUUCACAAGAAGAUGUGUCAGUACACAGUAAACCAGAUCCAACACCCGAUGACAAGUAUUUGACUUCAUCACAUGAACUCCAAGAAGCUUCUCCACCUUAUACUUUGGAGCCCAUGCGUGAUAUUGCAGAGGAUAUGGUGCAUACUAUUUUAGAAAAGCUAAUGACUCUUGCAUCAUGUAGGCAAAAAGAACCUCCUCAGCGUGAAGAUAAAACUAAGCCUAUCUAUCAGCAAUAUCUGGCAGACCCAACAUUUACGUAUCUUCAAAAAGUUGAGCACAAGAACUCCAGAACAGAGCUUGAUACAGCCAACUUAACUCUCAAAGAGGAAAUUAAAAACUUAAUAUCAAGUAUUUUCUCUCGUUCUUCUUUGGUUCGCUACAUAGAGGAAAUAAUCAACAUUAUACUAGGUUGUGUACAAUCUGAACUUAAUAGUGAGAGGCUUGUUGCCUCUGAAGAAACAGUGUUGCUCCUUCAAGUACUCGACGAUAUCUUCUCUCAGCUCCACCGGGAAUCAGUAAAACCAACUGUUAAAAAAAAUAAACAGUCCAGACUGAGAAAUCCUUCGAAUACUGAUGACAAGUACAGACUCACUAGCACUAGAGUAUCCAACGGUCGUAGGUCUGGAAGACGAUUUUCACCAGUUAAUGUUCCUGGAAUGGUCCUUUAUUCUGAAGAUGAUAGUGAAGAAAUAGACACAAUUGUGAAAAAUGUGCUUGACUCAUCUUUCAAAGAUGAAAGAGCAAAGUUACAAGAAAAGAUGAUCAAUCGUUCCUUUACAAAGGAGAAUACUUGUUUUGAAUAUGAAACAAAUAUCAAGACACCUACAAAGACUUCUUCUCAAUACAAAGUUGCAUGUGGUGAUCGGGGAUCAUUUUUUGAUAAUAAAGAUCUUUUAAAGGACAAACAUUAUUUGAACGAAGAUAUUUUUAUUUUCAGCCAAGAACAAAAACAAGAAAUACAAAAGAUUUCAGAAAAGCUAGUGAAAAGCAUUUUAAUAGAUAUGAUCAAGGACAUACCUUCUCUUCCUCCUGAUGACUUAGAUGGCAAAAAUGGCAAUGAAACUUCAAGUGCAGGAAAAUGCCGAGCACUGUUAGAUCAAGAUCGGAUGUACCAAUUAUUCUCUAUGUCAGAAAUCAGAACAGUGGCUCAAGAACUAACAGAUUCUGUAAUAAAUAUACUUCUUAAGGCUUCAAGCCACAUCACCAAUACGACCAAAGAUAGAAUUUCAUCAUCAGUUCGUCAAACUUCCCUAGAUUAUUCUGACACUCUUCACAUGGCCAAGAAAGCACCAAAUAAGAAGUCAUUAAAAAUAUGGUUUGACAGUGAAAAGAAGAUGAAGCAUUUGUCUUCACUCAACAUAGGUCCAUCACAGCCUUCCUUUUUAGAAUCUGGAAAAGAUGAUCCUGAAUCUUUAGAAGAUAUUAAUGAUAAGAUUAUUAAUACUGUUUUUAAAGCAUUAAAGUUACUUGUGUGCCCAAAAUUGCAAGAGAGAUUCAAACCUUCACUUACUAAACAAUCUUCAUUACGAUCCCAACUCAGUGCUUAUACAACUAAAGUGGUAAAUAUUGUUUUAAAUGCUAUUCAGAAUGAACUGGAACAUCAGAAAAACCUAAAUCUUAGUGAGAGAGACUUUACCAAAACCUUUACAGCUGAAAACGUUUUUGCUGACCCUGGUAAGAAAUCACAGUCCCUUGUCACAAAUCUCAGUGAUGAUAGUAGCGCAAGUCCUCUGGUAACUUAUAUUUGCAAUUUGCUAUCAAGUCAAAAUGAAGAUCACAGCGAUGUUCCACACCCGGCAGAUAAAUCAAGGCCUGAAACAUCAUUUAGAUCCUACAGGGUUGAUAAACAAAACAUUUUGUCACAUAGUCAAGAUAAAAAAUCCCCUACUGAAUUUCACAAAUGUUUAGGCUCUCCAUGUAUUCUCCAUAGUGUCAUUGCUGGAAAGGAUCUCAAAGAAAAUGUCAGAUUACAAGUGUUAGAUACCAUUGGGGAACUCUUAUAUGAAAUGUUAUGCAAGUUCAUAGGAGUCAAUGUUCACUCUCAUGACUCUGCAUGUAUUAACAGAGAGAAGACUGAUGAGACUCAGCAAAAAGCCACUGAUUUGAAGUCCAAUAUUCAGCUUAUUUCCAAAACAAUUUUGGAAUAUAUCAUUGCAAAAUUAUGUGGCAUUGAAACAGAUAGCAGUCCUCAAAGUUCUGGAUAUAAAACUGUUUCACGUAAUCUUGAUAUUGAUAGUUUAUCAUUUGCUUCUCUUUUGGAGGAAAUAGCCAAGUGCACUGACAUAAUCUCCAGCUUGGUGUCUGGGACAAUACAGAAAGGUACCAAUGAGAUGUCUAGUAGCGUGGCCAAAAAUACUAAUUCCUUGGCUUCCACACCAAGGAGAGUAAGGGAAACACAUCCAAAGAAGCUGAAAGCUGUAGCUUCAGAUAUUCUCAAUAUGGUUUUUGACAAACUGGAAAGCUUUGCCAAUGGUAAUUUAGAAACUCUGGAAACUGUUAAUGAUGGAAAUAAAAAAAUCAAUAAAAUGGCUUGUGGAUGUGAGAGUACCAGUGCUUUCACAGACACACAUGAGGAGCCAUUACAGUCUGCUCUAUACACACAUGCAAAGAAGUUAUCAAGUGCUCUUUUGAAGGCUAUUCAAAAUGAAUUAAAUGUGAGCUCAUCAGAUUUUAGGGCAAGUGUAAAAAGUCCACCACCUGAGAAACAAAUAAUAACAGAUACAGUUAACUUAAUUUUAGAUGCAGUAUCCUUGGAUAUUUUUAAAGACACUGAAUGUGAAGAGAGAGGUAUUGAGAGGUAUAGAUAUAGGCCAACUUAUGGCAAUCUUCUUCCUGGAGGAGGUGAAUCAGAUUCCUUAGAAGAUGCUGUACAUGAAGAGAAAGAAUUCACUGAAGCAGAACCCCUACCAGUAGAGGAAAUGAAAUCAGAUCCCCUUAAACAAUGGGCUCUGGAAAAAGUCUUGAAUAAAAUUGAAGUCCACCUCAAAGAGCCAGAAAAAUCUCCCAUUAUGCCUAUUAUAAAAAAUAUUCUGAAUGAAAUUUUUCAAAAUGCCUUUGUCAAUCAGUUAAAUAUGCUUCCUCUCCCCCAUUCUGAUUUAAGUAGCAUCCUGCACAAAGUGGAUGAACCAGUUGCUCAAAACUCUGUUCAACUCCUAGAUACAAUGACAGGCCCUAUAGUGUCUGAAGCAGAUGUAAGCAUUGUAACUGAUGAUGUUGUCAGAAUUGUAUUUCAUAAGCUUUGUUCAGCUGCCAUGUCAGAGAAAAAUGCAGGUAAAAGUAGGUACAAAACUAUCACCUUUUCAGCAAAUGUUUCUUUUCAUGAACACACAAAUGGAGGAAAGUCCUGUAAAACGGCACUGGACAGAGAUCUGUGUACUCUUCAGUCUGGGACCAGUGUUGAUAAGGAGGUCACAGUAAAUGUAGUUGAAGAUAUUAUACAGACAGUAUUAACAAACUUAGAAACUUUCACUACUUCCAAAGUAAAAUCUCUUUUUGGUCCCCAUGUGAGUUUUACAGUUCCAUUGACUUCACCUCUUCAGGAAGAUAAGUGUGAAUUAAACACAGUGUUAUCAAAUAAAGAUUCAUAUUCUGAUGACAAGCUUGUGAGUUUAUCAGUGGAUCAUAUUAAGUCAAUACAGACCAACUCCACGUGUCAACUGCCUUUGUCUAAGUUAGAUAAUUAUGCAACAGAAGUGGCAAGAAAAAUUUUACAAGGAAUCAAGCAUAAGUUAGAUACAGAAAUACAAAGUCCUUUCAUAACUCACAAUGUUGUAAUUUCUGAACAGAUUGCAAGUCAAGUGGUCAGCAUGGUGUUAGAUAUUGUGUCUUCUAAAGGCAAAUGUGAAAAAGUCGGUUCUAACAAAGAUACUCGCUCAGACCAGCAGGAAAGUAUCAUUGAAAAGCUGCUCAAUAAGAUUGACUAUCGAAAAGCCCUUCAGUUCCAAAUACAGGAUACUAUAGAAAAUAUCUUAUGUGACAUUUAUGAAAAAACACUAGAUCAAAAUAAGCUCUCACGUACCAUAUCUACAGUGAAUUGUAAUACAGAUGGCAAACAUUCAGAAAUGAUCAUUGAGAGUUCAAAUAAAGUUACAAAAAGACUCACAGUUCCUAAAUCAGAUGUUGUUAUGAUAUCUAAUGAUGCUGUGGACAUUGUCCUUAGUAAUCUCAAUUCUACUCUUACGCUUGUCAUAAACGCAAAGGAUUCCAUUUCUUCAAGAUUGUCUUUAACCGUUGACGAUUGGCUUCCAAAAGCCCAAAAACCGAUUGUCAUGGAUUCAAAAAGUGAACAAAAAAUAGAAAGUCUCCCAUUGUCAGCAAAUCUCCAGUCAUCCUAUCCUGCUGAUAAACAAAUAAGUGUAGUAGAGAAAGAAGAGAGCAAAAAGUAUAUUCCUGAUCCAUGUGAGGAAAAUGCUAACUUCAUUACCAAGACGAUUUUUAACAGGUUAGAAUCUUUUGCCACAGAGAGAAUAGACGCUUUAAUUACUCUUGCUUUUCAACCUAAAGAAAAGAUAUCUGCUAAUCCAGGACUGGAAAAUGGAAAACCAGACGGCAAAAUCUUUAAUGAAUUAAGCCAGGUGGAAUCGGGUGGACCUAUGAAUAAUGAAAUGUUCACACAUUCCACUCUCACCAGUUACAGAGAAAAGGUUGUAUCCACAAUUCAUCUAUCACAAACUAGUCUUAAAGAAUAUGCUGACAUCAUUGCCAGUGCCAUUUUAAAGCUUAUUAAAAAUGACUUAGAUCUACAAGUCCAAAGGAUGUGUCCAUAUUCAAACAAUAUGCCAGUACAAGAAAACAUUAUUGUGAAUGGAGUUGUUAGUAGUAUCUUACAGAUUUUGUAUGAUAAAAGAUCUGAAAAGGAAAUUAGCUUUUACUCAAAACAGAAAACUAAUUUGUUUUCACAACUAACUGUAUCAGAUGACAAGACUUUGGGAGAAAAAAAGAAGGAAAAUAACACUGAGCCAUCUCCACCUUCAAAUGACCCAUUAGAAAAGCAAGAAGUAACAUCAGAAAAGGAAACCCAGAGAAUGGUUCUGGAAGAAAUAUUCAUGAGAAAUAAAGAAGAAAGAAAGAAAGAAAAAUCUGCAUUGAUCAAUGCUGUAGAAGAAGUUUUAAAUAAGGUACAUCAAAGAGUGAUGAACAUUAUGAGCCAUUUGUCCCCACUUAAUGAAACUCCCAACUCUUUAUCUAAUUCUAAAAUUAAAGCGUCAGACCUAACACAAAGGAGCUGCCCUCAAUUACAUAUUAACUGUGUAGCAGCUGACAUAGUUGAAGAUGUAUUGGAGAAAAUGUACUCUGUCAUUGUGAAAUACUUAAAUGAAAGUACUAAACGGGGAAAAGUAGAAGCAGCUGUCAAUAAUGAUGCACCACCAAUGAAACCAUCAUGCUCUAAGAUCACUAAACAAGCAGGAAAAGGAAGUGAAACGCCUAUGCAUCUUACACCACCAGUUAAUCCUUGUACUAGCAGUCAGCAUGUCUCUUCCAAGGAGAACCUAGUUGGGCAAUAUUAUCCACUGCAAGUGGGGAAAGAGUUAGUCCAAAUGGUUCUCCAGAAGAUCAAAAAUUUUGCCUCACUGCCUCUAGAAAAUACCAGUCCUAACAGCAGCCCUAAGGCUGGUCUUAAAGCCAAUUUAAAAGUAAGAUCAAAAAGUACCACCGUACCCAAAUUUAGAACAAAACAACAAUUAGGACCUAAUGGUGCUAAAACCAAGAACAAGACAAAGUUCUAUUCUGGAGAGACAUCUCCAAGAUUUUCCAGGUCAAAGGCUGCCACUAUCGGGUUGCCACAUAUCUUAUCAACAGGAGAUGCCAAAAGCAUACUGGAAAUUAAAUUGCCCAUUUCAGAACUAAAGCUAUAUUCUAAAGACAUAGUAAGUAAUAUCCUAGAAACAGUUAUGAAUGAAUUGGAAAAUAUGAAGCAAAAUCAAGUAAUAGCAAGUAUAAAUGCUUCAUCAUCUGAUGAAGUCAUGGCAGCAAGUGAAGUGGUGAAUAGAGUUUUACAGGAAAUAUCUGAUACAACUCACCACAAUUUGACUUAUCCAAAUAAAUUCACCUAUCUGAAUGAUCCCAAAUUUUCUCAAGGGAACUUAGGCAUAGAGUCCCUUGCCAAACCACAGGCAUGUUUUUUCUUAGAAAAUGUUUCUUCACAGCUAGAACAGAUUUUUCCUAAAGAAGGUGUAUUUAUAAAAAUGUUUGAAAAAUGGCAAACAGAAUCUAAUGAUAUGGAUAAUGAAAAACACAAGCUGUUGAUGAUAGCUCAGAAUGGUUUAACGGAAAUUUCAAUAAAAGCAAAAGAGUUAGAAUAUUCUCUUUCUCUUUUAAAUUUAACAUCUCUUGAGACUUGCGAAAGCAGGUUCUGUAGUCCUAAAGGAGCAGCUUCGACUAGAGCUGUGGAUUCCAAAGCACAAAUUAAUGUAUUUGGAAGAGAAAUUAUUGAAAUGCUGUUUGAAAAAUUACAGAUGUGCUUUUUGACUCAAAUAUCCAUCAAAGAUGGUAAAGAAACGGUAGCAAAUAGGAAAGAAGGCAUUAGUGUUAAGACUAAAUACAGUUCGGCAGCAACACAUAACCUUGGUACUGUAGCAGUCUCUAACACCACAUCAAAAGACACAAUUUCUUUGGGUUCUAGCAACCAAAUUGUUCAAGAAAUUAUUGAUAGAGUUUUGAACAUGUUAGAGUCUUUUGUAGACUUGCAGUUUAAACACAUCUCUAAGUAUGAAUUUUCUGAAAUAGUAAAAAUGCCAAUAGAAAGUUUUUAUCCUGUCCAACAGAGAUUAUUAAGCAAAAAGAUGCUGCCAAAAUUACAACCAAUAAAAAAAUCCUCUGAUGAAACCAAGUCAUAUAAUAGUAUUUCAAAGGAGAACAUAGAGAACACCUUUCUACAAGUUCAUGCUUUCCACUCAGAAUUACUUACUUAUUCUACUAAUAUUGUCAGUGACAUGCUUGGCAUAAUCAAGGGCGAACUUGAUAAAGAAAUAAGCCAAGGAGAAUCAUCUGUAAUUAAUUCAUCAAAAGAGAAUGUUGUAGCAAGUGAAAUCAUUGGCACAUUGAUAGACCAAUGUUCUAAUUUCGGUGAGUCUUUGAUCGAUAACCUUCCAAAGGAAAGUUUAUUCCAAGAAGAUGAAAAGGUCUGCCUUGUUAACCAAGUCAAAGUAACAAGUAAUAUGAAGAAGCCAACAUCAAAAUUAAAGGAAACUAGUACAGUGAAUAGCCCUCCACAAGUCAGUGUGCCUGGUUUGGUGCUUUGUUCAAGGGAAAAUAUAAAAGACAAGUACAAGAAGGGAUCAUCCUCAAAUGUCAGAUAUGUCGGAGGCAUAAGUACACAAGAGCAAAUGGAAAUAUCUGAUUUAGAAAGUACACGGUUGGACUACAGAAACAAAAUACGAAACCGAAGCUCUAGGAACAUUAACUAUGACAAUUUUGAUCAAGACAUACAAGGAAAUAACUGUGCUCCUGAAGGGAGUAUGUUACAAAAACUGUUUAAGAAAGCAAAUGAGUCUACAGAAACAGCUUUAAAACAAGCUAUGUCUUUCAUAGAAAUGGGAAAAGAUCAUAAUCCAAGAGUGUUUCACUAUGAAAACCAACCAUCUCUUGAAGCCGCCCAAAUUCAGACAACUGUUUCUCCACUCAAAAUAUGUCUAGCCGCAGAAAACAUUGUCAAUACCGUCCUGACGAGUUAUGGCUUUCCAAAUCAGUCACACACUAACGAAAGGAUGGAAACAAUGAAACCAAUAUUCAUUUCUGAACAAAUUCCUUUGUCUGUAAUACCUGAAAAAGAAGAGGAGGAAGAGACAGUUUCUCUUGGAACAUGGGAUAAAAAAUUCCACUGUACAGAGAAAGAAGAACAUAAAAACCCUGAAGUCAGUGAAAUGUUUUCUUUACUGCAAAGGUGGAAUGUAAAAUGCCCAGAAAGAAAGAAAAUAGAGACUCUGGAAGAAGUUGAAGUGAUUGCUUUUGCUGAUCAUGAAAUUGGUCCAAAGGAAAUUCACCUUGUAGCAAGACAUAUCACCACAACUGUGCUCACACAUCUCAAGAACUUUGAACCUCAAGAUUCUCAUGAAGAGAUGCUGUCUAUUGCUUCUACAUUGCCAAGAAGAAAAUAUGAAUUAAAACAGCCUUUAAGAAGCAUACAUAAUGAUUCUUCACUUAAUCAAUUUUAUGAACAUCUUACUGAGUUGGUAAUUUACUAUAUAUUUUCAAGUGUUUUUGAUGGCUCCAAAGAGGAUAAAGAAAGAAUGAAAGCACUGGAAAACCAAGAUAUUGCAGUUAAUAAGCUUGUUUUAAUUCAUUCCCAAGUGUUUGAGAGUAGAACAAUCCCUACUGGAGAACUUGCUUUAUGCAUUUCUGAAAUCAUCAUCAGAAUCCUUUCUAAUAGUAACAUUAUAAAGACUGACUUUGCACAGCAAAUGACUACUGUGAAAACAAAAUACAUUUACUGCCCAAGCAAUGCUGCUACUGACUUAGAUGAUGUCUUUCAUGAUCUUUUAAUAGGAGUGAUUCAUAUAUUAUCCAAAGAAAUGGGGAUAAAUCACCGACUUGAAAACAAAGGAAGAAACAAUUCAUGUUCCGUGCUCAGAAACCAAAGAGCGCCCAUAUGUGAUAAGACUGAUGCUAUGGAAAGCCCAAUAGAUCCCAGAGUUUCUGAAUUAUCGACUCAUAAAGUUAAUCAACUCAUUCAGAAAAAUAAAUUAAAUUAUCUAGCAUGUAAAUUAGACAAACUAGUUGAUAACUUAAAAAAUCAUGAAUCCAAAGAAACAGUCAAUAAAGUUUUCAAUAUUGUUUUAGAUGUAUUUUUGCCAGAUGAGUACCCGGAUGUGUCAGUCAAUUCUGGUAAACUAAGCAGAACUUUUCUCCCAUUCUCAAAUAAUCAUGAAGAAUGUGGUACAUGUGGAAAUAACUUAGGGCUCUCACCGAAAUCAGUUUUCCUUCUUAAUGUCAUAUGUGAAAAACUUACUAGAACACUUUUGGAAAAAUGCACAAGCAUAGGAUGCUUUGAUAAUAAUGACCUUCUUUGUGAUGAGAAAGCAGAAGAAUAUCAACUUCUAAAAAUAUUUCAAAAUGUAGAAGAUGAAGAAUUUGAUUGCUGCAGAGGGGCUUUGGACUGCCAGCCAUUUCAAGGAGAUUGCAUGUCAGAACUUUUGGAAAAUCUUGCAGAAAUGGAUCAAGAGGUAUUGUCAUCAGAUUCCAUGCUUACGAUUAUUUCCCACAUCUUGGUUAAAUCACUAAUGGAAAAACUAUCUCAGUGUAUACAGCAUACCUUUGAAAGCCCACUUUUUGAAAACAAUCAUUCAAAGCAAAGAACAAUGAAAAAACACUCUAGUUUCAGAAAAGUAAAAAGUCCUGAGUGCACAGAAUUACAAGAUAAAGACUCUUUGGAUAAUUCCAAGACAUAUAGGUCCAAAAUACAUACAGCAUUUGGCAAACAGUCAUCAGUAAAAUCUAAUGUAUCACCCUUUAAAAGACAAGGAACAAAGGACACAGAUACUACAGCCGUCAAUAACAUGUUUUGUCCAGGUGGCAAGAUUAUGACUGUUUAUUCAGCCACAUUUUUGGAGGAUAUAAUUUCGGAACUAUUUUUUAAUCUCUCUACUUCAUUGUGGGGCAAAAAUGGCAACAUCACUGAGUUGUGGCUCCAUGAGAUUAAUACUUUAUUCAUCAAGUCUGUGGUGGAUGAGUUUAAUAAUGCACAAGUUACUGUUUUACGGAAUGCUGAAGAAAGACUAUAUUUUUCACUAGUUCACAAAGAAACUGUUAGUAAUAUCGUUGACUCAGUUUAUAAUGAUGUUUUACAGCACUAUAAAUUGAAUGCGACCCCUGGUAAUACUGUUGCUCAUGGCAGUACUUCAAUAGCAGAACAGAUAACAAAUGGCAUAUUGCUAGAGAUAUUGGACUUCCAGCUUCCAUCUUACUUAAGGGAGAAGCUCCUACCUAAUUCAUGUUAUCCUCUCAGUGCUGAAAUUAUAUUGCAGAAACUUCAAAGUAACCUGAGAGAAUUUACCUCCCAACAUAGGUUUUCAACAGGCUACAGCACCAAGUUAUCAUAUUCAUUUUUAGAAGAUGUUAUCAGAAGGCUUUUAUCUCAGCUCAGUCCUCCAUCCAGUGAGUCCUCCUCUUUGGGAAGGAAAUACUUAGUGAGUUCAAAUUUUAAUGAAAUAUCCACUUGUAUUAUAAAUAAGGUUAUGUCAGCCAUCUCAAAACAUAAUAUUUUCUUCACUCUAUAUGAUAAUCAAUAUGUAUAUACAAGGGAAAACCUUCAAAAGAUGGUGGAUUCUGUCUAUAGAAAUAUUUUACAAAUGUCUGACUCUCUUGUUUCAAUACAGAAAAGUAUAGUAAGUCAAAACCCCAUUAUAACGGACCAAAUAGCCAGUUUUAUUAUCCAAGAGAUUAUAGAAAAUCAUCUUCAACCUUUUCUGUGUGGAGAGAGUUUACUCUAUCCUAAGACUCCAUUGGAUGAAAUAUCUAAAAUGGUUAAACAUGUGCUCAGUGAUGUCACAGAGCCACAAAGAGUCUCAAAACCGUCAUCCUUAAGUGUUUACCCUGAUACAUUUGUGGGGGAAAUUGUUACAAGACUUUUAUCUAAGAUCUUCAUUCCAAAGUCUCAUACUGAAUUUGAGCUGGAAAAAAUUACCCAAAAAUUAGUAAAUUCAAUAAAUAACUAUUUUGACAAAGCAAAAAUCAACACUAUAUAUGAUAACAUGGAACACUCUGUAGAUAAAGAUAUUGUAGAUAAACUUGUCACCUCAGUUUAUAAAAAUGUUUUAAAGCAGCAUGAGCUGUACCCUGAGGUUAUUAAAGAAUCUAAAGACAGUGAUAUUUUUGUGGAAAAUAUUACCAAUUUAAUUGUAGCUGCUAUUUCCGAUUACUUACUUCACCCCUUGUUUUCUGGAGAUGUGUCUGAUACCUCCUCUUCUAGUUCAGCGGCUGAGAAUAUUGUUCAGGACAUCCUUGGUAACAUCAAUAAAUGUAACCAGCCAAACCAGAGUUUAUCUCCGUAUAACACCUUACUUUCAUACACAUUUUUAGAGGAUAUGAUCAGAGUACUAUUAUCUAAAAUCUUUCCUUCUACAUCUAGCCUGCUUCCAAACAGAGAAUUCCGAAAAGAUAGACCCGAAGUGAAUUUCAAUGAAAUGGCUUCAAAGCUAAUCAGUGAUAUUAGGGCUAAAAUUUCCCAACAUGAAAUUAGAUUUUCAAAAAAAGAAGAAGAAACUCAAUCUGUUUACUCAGAAGAUGAUGUUCAGCAUCUUGUUGACUCAGUAUUCACAAAUAUUUUGCAAAACUUUGGGCCUCAAGAAUCAAUUGAGCAAAAUAUUACAGAUAGUAAUGAUACUCUCAUUGAUAGGAUAGCAGGCUUUAUCAUUAAAAAUAUCUGUCAAAAACAUCUUCAGCCAUUUGUGGAUAGGAAAUCCCUCACAUCUUCAUCAUGCUCGUAUUUCCAUGAUGAGAGUAGCCAACUGUUUUAUGCCAGUGUUUACUCAUCAACAUUUUUGGAAGAUGUUGUAUCUGGGGUGUUAAGCAAAAUAUUCCAUAGGUUGUUAGGUAUUGUGCAAACAAAAUCAGUAAAAAGUUCAGAAGAUGAACUGUUAGAAAUAGCUAAAAAACUAAUACCUUUAAUAACUGAGGAAUUUUCAAAAGCUCAUGUUAGUAUUAUAGAAAACGCCGAGUAUAAAUUGAGUUUGCCUCCAAUAGAGAGAGAGAGAGUCAUAAAAACCAUUGACAUGAUAUAUAGCAAGUUUUUGCAAGAUUAUGAAAUGGAAAUUAUGCCCAGUAAAGAUUUUCUGAAUAACACAAAGACUCUGGCUGCAAGGGUAACUAAAAUCAUCCUGACUGAAAUUUUUGAUUUCCAAAUUCACCCAGACUUUGUAGCAAAACUGCCUUUUAAAUCACAGUCCAAACUCAGUGCUGAUGUUUUGAUAAAGAGAGUUGAAAGAGAUAUUAGUAAAUCACGGUUGCGAAGACAGCCUUCAACUACAUACACUACUAUCUUAUCACAUGCUCAUUUGGAAAAAAUAGUCACCCAGCUGCUAUCACAGAUAAGUCCAUUGGUCUCCACCAAGGAAGACCCAGAUGAUACUCGAUCAGAAUUAAGUAAUACAGUUAUGCAGCUGAUAAAUGAAAUUGUGUCAAUAAUUUCAAAACAUGCAAUAUGUAUUGUUAAACAUGGGAGUGAAAAACAAAGCAUGAUUUCUGAAAAAGACAUCCAGUCUAUGGUUGAUUCCAUUUAUGUCGAUCUUUCAUGUUCAGAUCUGUACCAGUCUCUUACAAAAGAGAAAAAAGGGAUAAGUAAUGUACCUAUUUCAAAAAUAGCAAGUUUUAUAAUAAAAGAAAUCUUUAAUCAUCAUCUGCAGUCAUUUUUGUCUGGAGAUCAAACUCUCAUUUCAGCUGCGGUUGAUCAAACUUAUGAAGAGAGAGCAAUAGAUUCUAAAGAAAGAGAAUUAGCUUUAAUUGUGAAUUCAGCUGUCUUUUUGGAGGAAGUAAUUUCUAAGCUUUUAUGCAAAAUCUUGUACGCGUUCUCACACAGUGUCUUUGUUGCUGAAAAUCCAGAUAAAGCAAAAGACAAAAUUAUUGGCUUGGUUACAACAGUAGUAAAAUCAAUUGUUCUGGAGUUUGCCACAUCAGAGAUUUUACUUGCAGAUAACAUAAAUGAAAAUCUGUGUUUUUCAGAAGGAUAUGAAGAAAUAGUUCAAAAUACAGUCAACCUAAUUUAUGAGAAAAUAUUAGAUGAAUAUAAAUCUCUGAUUCAAGUUUAUAAGGUCGUUCAAAGUGACCCUACUGGGUUUGGAAGAAAAAUAUAUGGGUUGCUAUUGGGAGAAAUUUAUGAUUACCAAGUGCAGUCACUAGUUUCAGGAAAAUUAGUGUAUUCUUCCUAUUCUUCUCUACGGACAGAUAAUAUCAUCAGAAAAGUUCUGGAUACCAUUAUACAGGAUAAACAUCCCUUACCAUCUUGUAUGACUGUAUUGCCUCGUUCCCUUUUAGAAGAUAUUAUUUACAAGCUUCUACAUCAUAUCUCCCCAUUAACUGACCUUAAAAAAGACAAAGAGGUAAAAUCAGAUCAUGAGUUUGUAGAUGCAGUUUCCAAAUUGACUGAUGAAAUUAUAACAGAAAUUUCUGAACAUGAGAUUAGACUGGCCACAGCAGAGAAUAAUACAGUAAGUAUGCAAGUAGAAGAAAUUGAUAAUUUUGUUGAUUCAAUAUGUAACAACAUUUGGAAAAAAUCUGAAUUUCAAGCUGAGGUACAGAAAGGAGGACACAAAAAAAGAGGUUCAUUUCUCAGCAAAAUAGCUGGCUUGAUUAUGAAGGAAAUCAUGGAUCAGCAUCUGAAGCCUUUUUUACAUAGUGAAGAAUCAGCUCCUAGUGACCUAUCUGAUGAUGCCGAUGUUUCUGUACUUGAUGAACCUGAUAAGGAAAAGACACAGCCUUCCCUCUACUCAGCUACAUUUUUGGAAGAUGUAAUUGUUGACCUUGUGCGUAAAUUUUAUUCUCUUCCAAGUGCUGCAGGAGAGUCUAAGAAAAAAGAAAUGGCAAAACCAGACAUUAUAAGCCUGGCUAUAGAGUUUGUAAAUUCUCUGUUAAAGGAAUUCAGGAAAAGUGAGAUUAAAGUUCUACCAAAAGCUGAAGAAAUAUUUUCUUUUCCACCAAUUGAUAAAGAGACAGUUGAUAAAAUAACCAAUUUUGUGUAUGAUCAGUUCAUAGUAAAAUGUGGGCCUAAUGAUCUUCAGAAUGGAGAGAACAGUAACAUUUUAAUAGAAAUGGUUUCUUCCUUAGCCCAGGAUGCAAUAUCAGCUUUUAAGAUUCAACCACUUUUUUCAGGAGACUGGUCUUCCAUCUUUUUUUCUUUUCUAAAUCCAGAUAAUAUCACCCAAAGAAUACAACAUUUACCACAAGAAACCUCCAUCCAGGUAAAUAGAUCCUUGAAAGAGAGCCAAGGUACUUUACCAGAAGAGUCAAAUAAGCACAUUACUCUAGGCACAGGUCAGAAGAAAACAAUAGGCACUUUGCAAAACAAUAGAGACAUAAGGUGCAGAAAGAAAAGCUUGAACAAAGAGGAAACAUCACUGAAAAAACAGCAGCCUUUUGAUCCAUUGCUUUCCGUGAUUACUAGCAUUAUGAAAAGCAGUAUAGUUAACCAGGCAGUUGUGCCCCCCAAAAAGAAAAAAAGUGAAAGUAAAAUGGAAACAGAAAUUCUAAAAUAUGUUAACAAUAUACCAGAAGUUACUCCUCAACCUAGCAGAAUCGAAAGUGAUGAAAUUCAACAUUCAGGCUUGAAUGUGGCACUUGAAAUUAAUGAAAUCAAGAAGAAAAGUUUAUCCACUCUAAAACAUAAAGAAGGGCAAGAGGAAGAAGUAUAUGAACAUUUUUCCGUAGUUAAUAAAGUUAAAAAGUGUGAAAAAAUACCAACACCAAGUUUUGAAACAGAUGAUGAAAAAAAGAGAGAAAAGUCCUUGGAAAAUGUUGACCAGCCUGUCAAGGUAUCCACUUUGACAUCUAAUGCAUCUAGUAACACAAGAGACACUUCAUCACAAACAGUCAAUGAGGAGGAACAUGAAAGUAUUCAAUAUGUCACUGAAAAUAUUUGUGAAAAUGUUUUGGAUAUAUCUUUUCAAGACUCAGCAGGUGAUUCCAAAUUUGAAAGUCCAUUCAUUGAGCAAGCACUGCAUGUAAUUCAAGGGGUGAAUAAAGACUAUAUAGAAUCUAUCUCAGCAAAGAAUGUAUCUCCAUCAACUAAAAAUCGUGUCCCCACCCAAGUGAUGGAGGAAUCAAGAGCUCAAGAGAUUAAAAGUGCCUCUGUCAAACCAAACAGCUCUCACUACUCAUUAGAAACUAAGCCUGGGAUUUUUCCUGCUAACUUUCUAGAAGAUAUUGUCAUUGAAAUGAUUAACAAAUUGAUCUUCUCUUCUCCACCAGAAAGACAAAAAGGUGAGAGUAGUAAAAAAGUAACUGACAAUAAAAGUCAAGCAGAGCUGUAUGAUACAGCUAUGAAAUUGAUUGACUCUCUGUUAAAAGAAUUUUCAAAUGCUCAAAUAAAAGUAUUUAGGCCGGAUCAGGGAAAUAAAUUUUUCCAACCUGCAGAUAAAGUCUCAUCAGGUACUAAAGUGUCUCCCAAACAAAAAGAACCAAUCUCAGAUGAAGCCCCGUUCAACCUGAAGAUAAUUGUAGACAAAACACCACUUCUGCAAAAAAUGAAUGAAAAAUCCUUUUCGUAUGAAGUACCUUCUCUUAAAAAAAUGCCAUCAUUUGAUAAAACUUUGGUAAACAAAGUUGUUCACUCUUCCGUAUGCAGUAUUUUGAAGGAAUAUAAAUCUCAAGAUUCCAUUUGUAAAAACAUAAACACUAAUAGGGAAAGUUUAGCAAGAAGGUUGACCAGUGCAGUGAUAAAUGAAAUUUUUCAACAUCAGCUUGAUUUGAUAUUUGGUGAUGAUGUUACAGCUUCAGCAUGUUUGCCUCUGCAAACUAAAGACAUUGCUCAGAAGAUCCAAAAGGUGGCCCAAACAGCCAGCAAGGAAUGCCAAACAUCAUCACCAUACACCAUACUGUUGCCUCAUAAAUUUUUAGAGAAUAUGAUAUCUUCUCUUUUAUCUAGAAUUCUCUUUACAGUAACUAGUGUUAAAGCAGAAACAUCUACCAACAGUUUGUCCGCAGACUUGGAUUUUUUGAAAAUGAGGUUGGUUCAUACAAUACUGGCAAAGAUCUCUAAAGAUGAAGAUAUGGCUAUUCAAUAUGUAGAACCUUUACAUCCUAAUGACAAUGGAAUAAUUCAGUUAGUAGUUCAGUCUAUUUAUAAUGAUCUCUUGUCACAGUUUGGAUCUCAAGAGAUUAUGCAAAGCUGUGUAACUGGUGGAUGCAGAAUCCUUUCAGAGACCAUAGUUGACUUAGUGUUGCGUGAAGUAUCUGGCAAUCAGUUGCAGAAGUAUUUCUCUGGAGAGUUAACUCCACAUCAAUGUGCAGAAAUUGACAGUGUUGUUGAAAAUAUUCUCAAAAAAGUCAUCCAAACGACAGAUGUUCCCCCGCCUCAACCAUCGCAUGUUCAUAAACUGUCAUACAGCAUAGUAGAAGAAAUUGCUGUGAAGUUUUUAACAAAGCUUUUAUCUAUGUUCCCAAAAUUGACGAAAGGAGCAAGUAAAACUCUGGAAAUUGAAAUAGAAAAAAUAAUCUCAAAAAUCCUAGAUUCAGUCCAACGAUUUCUCUCAAAAAGCAAAAUUAAACUUUUACCUGAUGCCAACAAAUCAUGCCCUGUACCUUUAUCUGAUAAUGCAACUAUUGAAAAUAUAGUUGAUUCCAUUUAUACUAGUAUCUUAAAGAAUUUUGGAUCACAUACUUCUAUAUUUAAAGAUUUAGUGGGUAAGAGUAAUGUUCUCUCUGAUAUAAUAGGCUUUUUAAUGGUAAAAGAAAUUUCCAAUUCAGAAUUUCAACCUCAGAAAGAGGAAGAAGUAUCAACGUCAGAAUUAGCUCUAGAAGCUGUGGAAAUUAUGGGAAAAGUGAUUAAAAUAAUCAGUGAAUUGAAGUCACAGGAAAAAUCUUUAUCCAGAAAAUGUUUUUUAUUAAAUGCUACAUUAUUAGAGGAAAUAUUAGCCUUAUUCUUGGCUAAACUAGUAAGGUUGCCAAGUAACUCAUUAAAAAAGAAAAAAAAAUUAACAACAUUUGAGAUAAGUAGAAUUGCAUCUCAACUGGUAAAAUACAUCACAGAUGGAAUUUCUGAUAGUAACAUCAGUCUUGUAGUAGCUACUGAUCCUGGAGAAACCAUUUUAAAUCCAGAAAGUAUGGAGAUAGUUUCUCAGGUUGUUGAUUCUGUUUAUAGUGAUAUACUACAACAGUCUGGAACUCAGGAAAACCUGUAUUCUGAUAUAAAUGAUACCGAUAGCCAACGUUUCCCUAAAAUGGUGUCUAGUUUAAUUAUCAAUAGCAUCUCAAAUACUUCAUUAAAUAAAAUUAGCUCAAAAUAUGUGAGUGUUCCUGCUGGAGACCUGGACACUGAUAGAAUUGUCCUAAAGGCACAAGAGCACGCUGCGAUCAUUGCUUUUGGCUUAGAAAAAGAAGAGUGCGGUAAAAUUUCAACUGAAAGAAAAUUUCCACUUAAAAUAGUUCCAUACAUUGGAAAUAAACCAAUUAAUAUAGAUCCAACCAUUAUAUCAGAACACUUAGCAGUCAUUUCUGUGAAAACUCAACCUCUUGAGAAGCUUAACAUGGACUGUUUUGAAAAGACUGGGCAUAGCUUAGCAGAACUAAGAAAUGCCUCAGUAAGUGGGAAAAGUUACUCCUCAUCAGACAUACCUGGUGGAGAAAGGCGAAGGAAAGAAAGACGCAUCUCUCUGAAUCAGGCAGGCCAACUGGAUCUGAAGCCUUUUGAGGCUGUUUGCAGAAAUUCAUUCCAGAAUAUAAGAAAGCCUGAUCUUACGAAGGUGGAGCUUUUAAAAGAUGUUCAGAACAAAUAUGAUCUUAUCACUAGAUUAGUAACUCAUGAUAUUGACCAAACAAGUAUAGAAGAUAAUACCACGGAUGAGGGACAAACUUCUGAUGAAGAUGAAAUCAUUUUAGGAGACAUUGUACAGACGGAAUUUUUAGGAGAAAAUGCUGAAGCUCAAGUAAAAGCUGAGAAGCCAGUAGAAAGCAAAGUUACUUCUCCCAAUCCAACAUCAAGCACAAACAGCCUGAAAAAAUUCUUGUCCCUAAGUAAAUGUUGUCAGCUCACAUCCAGUAUAAAUGCACCAGGCAUUGAAGUAAGUGCAAAUCAGGCAACAGAAUCUGCAAUGGAAGAACAUAUUAAAAGAACGGAUGCAGAGCUUGACAUGGCCACAUACCUAGUACCUUCAGCUGAAACCAAUUGUUUUUUGGACAAAACGGCACAGCAGAUUAAAGAAGACAAGAAGAAUAUCAAUGAACCAACACAGUACUUAAUACACAGAAUUAUGAGUUCAUCUUCAUACAACCAAGAAGAUCUGCUUUCACCAUACAGUGAGAUUGAAGAUACUGUCCCAAAUCCAAAUAUCAAAAUAUUACAAGAAAUGUCCAAAACCAGUGUGUCCAAACAAGGAUCUAAAAUGCUGGCAAAAGUAUCUUCAGCAAUUUCAAAAGUAUUUUCCCGAUCUAACACCAAUAUUUCCAAAUCUUCCUCACCAUCUUACAUGAAGGAGCCUUAA